GUUGCGCGUGCGCUUUUAACGCUCAGUUCGCGUGAUUUUGUUUUACGUAAUACUUAUCUUAUUUUAUUACGGAUCAUAUGUGAAAUUACCAUAAACCAAGUCAAAAUGUGAUGCUAGUAUAGUAAUUGCUUUCAUAAAAUUCUGAAAAGCUAAAUUGUGAUUGCUGCUAAAUUAUUUGGCAUAGUAGGUACUAGGUACCUAACAAAAGUAAAUAUGAUGCACUUGCCCAGAGGAAAAUAUCGCACACCGAAAGAGGAUAAAGAGUAAACAUUCUUCAAAACAACGUUGAACUAUAUAUUAUUUUGGGAGAUACAUUUUCUCAGAUAUGGAUAACGUCAAGAUAACUCAGACAUUGACUGUUCAGAUAGUUCGCAAGAUACCUAUCCCGCGCUCAGUUUACUUAUCUCAUUCGAGAAAUCGACAGAUUUUUGUAAAGUGGUCAAGAUGAAAAUACCGUCAGUUAAAUUACCUAAUAUUUUCAAAUCAGUGAGGUAUAAUCUUGCUGCAGUUAAUGGACUUUUUGUGUUAACCGGUGCACUCCUACUGAUCGUUGGCGUAGUAGUCCUAGUGGAGAACAUAGAAUACGAGGAUUUCCUCACAAACCGAUUCUACACUGUACCAGGCUUCGCGACGGCUACUGGCGUGUUGAUACUGCUGAUAUCUGUUCUCGGAUUCUAUGCUGCGCUGUCGGAAAAGUUCUACAUAGUCGCUGUGUACCUGGCCGGAAUGAUAUUCAUCUUAAUAGACGAGAGCGCGCUCACGAUAGCCGCGUAUUCGCUGGUAAAUGACGUCAACAGCGAGAUUAGAGCACCCAUGGCCAGCAGUUUACAGUUAUAUGGAUCCAGGCUGGACAUCGCCAAGUUAUGGGACGAAUUACACACGGAAUUUGAAUGCUGCGGCAUGGUCGGCGUGAACGACUGGCAAUCCACCCUCAUACCCAUCAGCUGCUGCCACAUCGACUACGGGACCAUCUCUCCAUUCGACUGCACGUCGGCGCUCGCUUACAACACUGGUUGCAUUGUAUCAUUGGGCGAGUGGCUUAGCUACAACGUGUUUGUAUUGGCGGUCUCUGCCCUCGUGGUCACUUGUAUACAGAUAGUGCUGACUGCAAUCGCUUCGUGGCUGACGUGGCGGUCGAGAUUCGAAUCAGUCGAGCUGGAGUCCUAGUUCCUUCUAGAAAUAAGAUUGUAAAUAAAUAAUUAUUUAUACAUUUAUAAAUGCCCCAUGAAAUAUUUAAACUAAGUACCUAUCCAAUUUAAUCAACGUCAUUAACUUAUUAAUAGCCAUGACAGUCAGUCAUAACAAUUGAAGGCUUCAGGGCUUACUUAUUAAAUAUUUUGUUUUUGACAACCAAUAAUUAUUAAUUACCAUAACGUUACUACGUCAUGUCAUGAACUCAUGGCCUCAUGACGGAAUAGGGGUCACGGUUGUCGCCAUUUGGGGUUGGCGAUGUCGGCAGCAGAUACUUAAUGUAGAUGUAAGAAUUUAGAGUCAUAUGUUUAUUUGUUUAAGAGGUUUUAAUGACAUCUCGUGAUAUACCCAUUUUAGAAAUUAAAAUAAUUCAUGUAAUACUAGUAACCGAGACCGAAAUCGAACCAUUACCACCACCCGGUCGGCACCAUCGGUUUUUCAGUUUAUCAUUUACCUAAUAAAAAACCGGCCAAGUGCGAGUCGGACUCGCGCACGAAGGGUUCCGUACCAUUACGCAAAAAACGGCAAAAAAAUCACGUUUGUUGUAUGUACAUUUUAUUCUGUUUUUAGUAUUUGUUGUUAUAGCGGCAACAGAAAUACACCAUCUUUGAAAAUUUCAACUGUCUAGCUGUCACGGUUCAUGAGAUACAGCCUGGUGACAGACGGACAGACGGACAGCAGAGUUUUAGUAAUAGGGUCCCGUUUUUACCCUUUGGGUACGGAACCCUAAAAAGCAAUAAUCAACAUAAAUAUUUCAGGCAUAAUUUGAUUAUGAUUAGUUCCCUACUUUGUACUCAUUAUAAUUCCAUGAUGAUAUUUGGACUGAACAUAUAAUUAAGAAAAAUAAUUUUGGAUUUAAUAAAUAUAGCGCGUUGUGUGGUAGAACUUAACAUUUACGAAGCAACAAAUAAGUCUUUAUUCUAAGUUGUUAAAAACAGGAAAGUCAACUUCUAUUGUUAACGAGUAUCUUAGGUAUUGUAGAUAUAACUCCGUAAUAGAUGGAUACAGUCUAAGGAAAAAACGUGCCUCGAAAAUCAAGAAAAUUUGAUUCUCGUUCAGAGGGCGCUACUAGUUUUGGCCUACAGUCGUAUAGAUGGCGUUGACGGUUUCGUUUGUUAUUUAACAAUUUUAACGCAUAUCAGUGAAAGAACAUGGGUCAAAAUCAUCAAAAUAAUUAAUGCAAAUAAAAAAAAUCAUUUAUCUAUAUUUAAAUACAUUUUAUAUUUUUACAAAUCUUUAAUUUUAGUUUUAAAGUGUGUCGACAGAUGGCAGUGAAUUUACUGGAGUUACAAAAUUUACUAUGACAGUACCGCUCUAGUAUAAGUUACUCUAUGGUACUUGUAAUGACUUGUAAGUAUGAACUUAAUCCCAUAAACAUAUUUACAAAAAAACUGACAAGUCUUCAUAUCAUAUGAGUGGAGUGACGACUGAAGUGUUCUAGGAAUAAGAAAAUGUAAUGCUAAAACUUAUUUUACUAUUCAACUUGUACUUAGAUAAUAAUAAGCUAAUAAGAAUGUCUAUGCGGUAAAAUGUAGAACUAAAACCCUACACAAUGUUAUCUUUAUGUAAUUUACAGUUUUCGGUUUUCAUAUUAGAUGGAAAUGUUGUAAGUAAAUAAUUUAGAGAUAAGAAAUUGUUGUAUGAUGUUUGACUUACGAGUAUAUUAUUUCACUGUACAAGUGGAACAUUUAUAAAGUACUUAGGGAAAUUAAUUGUACGACGUACCGACACUACCUAAGUAGUUUAUCUACUUGUAGUACCUGCUACAAAUAUUAUUAAAUAUGUAAAAUAACUAAAAGAAGCACUUAAUAUUUUACAAUUACCCACGGACAUUUUACCCAAAGCAGAUAUUUUAAAGGGCUACAAAAGUCUGAUUUUCUGUUUAAACCUUUAUCCACCUACAGGGCUACUGGUUUCUAUUAUAUAUAUAAUAUAUAUACACACCUACUUAAUCGGUUUGAUAAAGUCAGAACUGA